UCUGAGAGCUUCCGUGAAUCUGCUCCAGCUCCGUCUCUGAAACCGGCGUGUAAUGGAUCCGCGAUCGGUCAGAAGUGAAAGCAUCGGGAUCUGAGCCGCUGGUUUGUUUCUCGCAGCAAUUUGGUGAUGCUGAACAGGUGUUUCCCGAGGCCCUGAUAGAAGACUGGAUGUGGUUGUAGCUAUGCUUACGUCAGGGUGGGGGGUGUGGGCCUUCUCCUCCUGUGGCCUCGUACUGGUCAUGUUUUGGUCACUUUGUCUGUCCCAGCAGCCUCACAUCAAAGCCACAGACUGUAGCAGAAAAGAACACCCAGUCAUCUCCUACCAAAAGUUACGGCCGUGGAUGUCAGAGUUUUCCCAUCCAGGAGUAAAGGAUUUCUCUCAGCUGGCCCUGGAUCUGAGCAGACACCAGCUCAUUGUGGGAGCAAGAAACUUCAUCUUCAAACUGAGCUUGGGAAAUGUCUCCUUGAUACAGGCCACAGAAUGGGCACCUGAUGAAGAAACAAAGCGCUCAUGUCAGAGCAAAGGAAAAUCUGAGGAGGAUUGUCUAAACUACAUCCGGGUUUUGUUCAUCAAUGGGGGGACACUCUUCACUUGUGGGACCAAUGCUUUUACCCCAGUCUGUAUGACCAGGCAGAUUGCUAACAUCAGUCAGGUGUUGGACACGGUGAAUGGCGUUGCUCGAUGUCCCUAUGACCCGCGUCACAACUCCACCGCCAUGGUGACAGAGAAGGGCGAGUUGUACGCCGCCACAGUCAUUGACUUCUCCGGCCGUGACCCUGUCAUCUACAGGAGCUUGGGGAACAUGCCACCACUGCGCAGCGCCCAGUACAACUCGAAAUGGCUCAACGAGCCUAAUUUUGUAUCCGUUUAUGAGAUCGGUCGCUUUGCUUACUUCUUCCUGAGAGAAACAGCGGUAGAAAACGACUGUGGGAAGAUGGUUUUCUCCCGCAUCGCCCGCGUCUGUAAGAACGAUAUGGGUGGUCGAUUCCUUUUGGAGGACACAUGGACUACAUUUAUGAAGGCCCGACUCAACUGCUCCCGCUCAGGAGAAAUCCCGUUUUACUAUCAUGAACUGCAGAGUACAUUUUACCUACCAGAGCAGGACCUGAUCUACGGCAUCUUCACCACUAACGUGAACAGCUUAUCCGCCUCAGCUGUCUGUGCCUUCAAUCUGAGCGCCAUCACUCAUGCAUUCAACGGACCCUUCCGUUACCAGGAGAACCCCCGCACUGCCUGGCUCUCCACCCCAAACCCUACACCCAAUUUUCAGUGUGGCACCCUGGAGGAGGGAGGCCCCGGAGGGAAUCUGACGGAGCGCAACCUCCAGGAUGCUCAGCGACUCUUCCUGAUGAACGAUGUGGUCCAGCCAGUUACUGUCAACCCUCUGCUCACUCAGGACAACCUGCGUUUCUCUAAGCUAGUGGUGGACAUCGUGCAGAGCCGAGAAACUCUCUACCACGUCAUGUACAUUGGCACGGAAUACGGCACCAUUUUGAAAACACUCUCUACAACCAAUAAAAGUCUUCAGGGCUGCUACCUGGAGGAGCUCAGGAUCCUCCCUGAAGGACAAGUCAAGCCAAUCAGGAGCCUGAAAAUCCUCCACACUGACAGGUCCUUGUUUGUGGGACUUGAUGACAGACUGGUGAAGAUCCCUUUAGCGCGAUGUUCCAACUAUCCAAACAAAAGUGACUGCAUGGAGGCUCGGGAUCCGUACUGUGGCUGGGAUCACAAACAGAAGCGCUGCACCACCAUUGAGGAGUGCUCCAACAUGAAUCAGUGGACACAAAACAUCACCGAGUGUCCAGUGAGGAACCUAAUGCAGGAUGGUGGGUUUGGUGUUUGGGCGCCAUGGCAGCCCUGUAACCACGAUGACGGUGAGGGUUCCGUCAGCAGCUGUGUGUGUCGGUCCCGCUCAUGUGAUGGACCUGUGGCCCGCUGUGGUGGAGUGGAAUGCAAGGGACCAACCAUCCAGGUGGCAAAUUGUUCCAGGAAUGGCGGUUGGACUCCCUGGUCCUCAUGGGGCCAGUGUAGCAGCAGCUGCAGUAUAGGAUUUGAAGUGAGACAGCGAUCCUGCAACAACCCCUCGCCUCGCCAUGGUGGUCGAGUCUGCGUUGGCCAGGGUCGAGAGGAGAGGCUGUGCAAUGAGAAAAAACCAUGUCCACUACCAGUGCUGUGGACAAUGUGGAACCCCUGGUCUCACUGCAGUGCUGAAUGUGGAGGUGGUGUCCACUCCAGGACCAGAACCUGUGAGAAUGGAAACAGUUGUCCAGGAUGUGCCACGGAAUAUAAGGUCUGUAACCUGGAUGCUUGCCCUGAGGUACGCCGCAACACCCCGUGGACCCCCUGGAUGCCAGUCAGCAUCAGUCAAAACGGGUCCCGGCAAGAACAGAGGUUCAGAUACACCUGUCGGGCGCUGCUACCUGAUCCCCAGCAGUUUCAGCUGGGCAGGAAGAAGGUAGAGACCCGCUUCUGUCCUAGUGAUGGAUCUGGAUCCUGUCAGACUGACUCACUGGUUGAGGACUUGGUAAAGACCAGUGGCCAAACGCUGUCUCAGCCUCAAGAUGCUCUCUGGGGAUCAUGGGAACUGUGGUCCAGCUGUUCACAGCAGUGUUACAGAGGCUUCCGUACCCGGAAACGUAGCUGCUCCACGGCCGAGGGCAGGACCAACCCAAGCUCAUGCGUGGGGUCCCCAGUGGAGUAUCAGGACUGCAACACUCAGCCCUGUCCAGUGAGUGGAGCAUGGUCUUGCUGGUCCUCCUGGUCCCAGUGCUCAUCCAGCUGUGGAGGUGGACACUAUCAGCGGACUCGGACAUGCAGCAGCCCACCUCCUGCUAAUGGAGGAGACAUCUGUAUUGGCCUGCACACUGAAGAGGCUCUCUGCAACACACAUGGUUGUGAAGGUUUGGUGGAAUGGACGCAGUGGGGGGAUUGUGAUGAGGACGGUCUGCAGCGUCGCACUUGUCGCUGCGGCAAGGACCUAGCGGCUGAGUCCACUUCCUGUCAGGGAAAUGUCACCCAGUCCAGGCCAUGCCAGCCACAUGAAGUCCCAGUGAUUUUGCCAGGACAGGACGACCACAGCUGUGGAACCUUUACUUUGUUCCAGUUGGUCGCUGUGGGCUCAGCUGGUUUCUUUACGGCGGCGUUACUCUCCGCACUUGCCUUCACCUACUGCCAACACCUGAAUCGGCCUUCAGCAGAGUUGGCGGUGAUCCACCCCAGCGCGCCCAACCACCUCACCUUCAACAAGCAGGGCAACACCACGCCAAAGAACGAGAAGUACAUCCCCAUGGAGUUUAAGACGCUUAACAAGAACAACCUCCAUGUGAAUGAGGAGACAUGCAACCACUUCCCCUCCCCACUGGCCUCCACCAAUAUGUUCAGCACCACCUACUAUCCUCCAAAUCUGGGCAAGUACGACUUCCAUCCAGAGUCUCCCUGCAGGACCUACAUGCACAGCUGAGGGAAGACUGGAGCCAACAGCAGCCUGGAGGGUUUCAAGAGAUUAUCCUGCUAUUAGACACAACCCUAAAGGACAGUAUAUGAAAGGGAAAAAAAUUAAAGGUGCCGUGAGUAAAAUGUAGCAAC